CACACGUUGAAGAACAACGCGCCAAGGCAUUUUAGAUAGAGCUCCAAAACAUUGUCAACUCUUCGUUUAUCUUAACUUGCAUUUGGUUUGAUAAAAUUUAACAUAAUUCACAUGGCAUCGACAAGCAGAACACCAUUGCAGUCCAGAAAUUUGCCAUGGGUUGAGAAAUACAGACCGCAAACUCUCGAUGACUUGAUCUCUCACAAGGACAUUUUAAGCACCAUCCAGAAGUUCAUUAGUGAAGAGAAGCUUCCACACCUCCUCUUCUACGGACCUCCAGGGACAGGCAAGACCUCCACCAUCCUGGCCUGUGCCAGGCAGCUCUACAGGGAGAAGGAGUUCAACUCCAUGGUUCUGGAGCUGAACGCGUCCGACGACAGAGGGAUCGACGUGGUGCGAGGCCCCAUCCUCAGCUUCGCCAGCACCAGGACCAUAUUCAAGAGGGGCUUCAAGUUGGUGAUACUGGACGAGGCGGAUGCCAUGACCCAGGACGCCCAGAAUGCAUUGCGGCGAGUCAUUGAGAAGUUCACGGAGAACGUGCGUUUCUGUCUGAUCUGUAACUACCUGUCUAAGAUCAUCCCAGCGCUGCAGUCUCGCUGCACCCGGUUCCGCUUCGGCCCGCUGUCCCAAGAACAGAUGAUCCCUCGCCUCCAGUACGUCAUCCAGCAGGAGAGCAUCGACAUCACGGAUGACGGUAUGAAGGCGGUGGUGUCGCUGUCGUCGGGGGACAUGAGGAGAUCCCUGAACAUCCUGCAGAGCACCAAUAUGGCCUAUGGGAAGGUGUGUGGAGACACGGUGUACACUUGCACCGGCCACCCCCUCCCCUCGGACAUCGCCAAUAUCCUGGACUGGGCCCUCAACAAGGACUUCACCACAGCCUACAAUCAGAUCCUCCAGCUGAAGACUCUGAAAGGUCUGGCCCUCCAGGACAUCCUGACCGAGGUUCACCUGCUGGUCCACAGAGUGGACUUCCCCCCUGCCAUCCGGAUAGGCCUGCUGAUCAAACUGGCUGACAUUGAGUACCGGCUAGCCUCGGGCACCAGUGAGAAGAUCCAGCUCAGCAGCCUGGUGGCUGCCUUCCAGGCGGUCAGGGACCUGGUGGUGAGCGAGGCCUACUAGAACCCCUGCUGCCCGGGAGGGGGACAACAGCGGGCCUUCCGCUGCAUCCUGGGACAUGGAGUCUUGACUCCCUCCAAACACAUCCUUCCUUACUCCUAUCGGAAACCGGUUCUAAUGCGACGUAAGUGCUGACAGCUGUAUAGACGGGCACAUGUUCAGGCAUGUUGCAUCUGAGGAAGGGGGUGGGGGUGGGAAUAAGAAGUAUUCUGGAGAUGAUUCUAGAAAAGCUGCUGCCUAGCUCAAAGAUGUGUUGAUGUUAGGGUGCUGCCCAACAGGGGGCGCUGUAGUUGAGGGAUAAUCUGUGUCAUGAAGUCGUCAGAUUGACAAUUUAGGGACAGAAACAAGAUGAGAUACACAGAAAAAUGUAUAUGAAUAUCCCUUCUUCAGAUCUGGGUCUGGGUCUUUUUGUUUUUUACAUUUAUGUUGAAAUAAAAUAUUGUUUUGGUAGGCCA